UCCCACAUCACACUUGCACAGCAGCUUCCGCAGCAUAGCACAGCACAGAGCGGCUUCUUCUCCGUUGGCGGCGGCGGCUAGGGUUUUACCACCUCCAAAGCCCCAAUCUUUCCUCCAAUCCAGUCCAGCCCGUCGUCCAUGCCGGCGGCCUCCUCCUAGAUUCGCAUCGCGCCGGAGGUUUUUUUAGCUAGUUUCGUGUGGUGCGGCGGAGAUGACGUCCAACCAGUUCGAUCUCCUCGGCGACGUCGACAACGACGACCCCUCGCAGCUCCUCGCCGCCGCCGCCGCCAAGAAGGCCGCCGAGCCCAAGCCCGCCGCCCCGGCCGCCGCAAAGCCAGCCUCCAAGCAGCCCGCCAAGACCCCGCCGCCCGCGGAUGACGCGAGGGGCAACCGUGGGGACGGCGCCGGGCGCGGGAGGGGCAGCCGCGGGGGCGGGUUCGGCCGGACCGGCCCGAGGCGCGACCACGGCGACGCCGAUGCCAACGGCUUCGAGGGCGGCUACGGUGGCGGGGGCGGCGGAUAUGCGGCGCCUCGGCUGGAGGACGGCGAGGGGAAGCAGGCGGAGAGGGGCCGCGGCCCGCGCCAGCCCUACCGCGGAGGGGGCGGCCGCCGCGGGGGCUACUCCGAUGGGCAGAACACUGACGAGUUCGGGCGCCCGCACCGGUCCUACGAGCGCCGCAGCGGCACCGGCCGCGGCUUCGGGAUGAAGCGCGACGGCGCUGGCCGUGGCAACUGGGGGACUGCCACCGAUGAAGGGUUCCCGCAGGAAAAUGUGGAGGCUGUCAACACUGAGGAGACCCCUGCUGUGGCAGAGGAUGCGAAGACGCCCGAGGAUGCGCCGCUGCCUGAGGCUGAGAAGGUCAAGGAGGGUGCAGAGAAUGCAGAGGAAGAGAAGGAAGCUGAGGAAGAUAAGGAGAUGACCUUGGAGGAAUAUGAGAAAGUAUUAGAGGAGAAGCGGAAAGCGAUUCUCGCACUGAAGGCUGAGGAGAGAAAAGUUGAAGUUGACAAGGAGCUGCAGUCCAUGCAGCAACUGUCAGUGAAGAAGGAUGCUGAGGAAGUAUUUAUCAAGCUGGGCUCCGACAAGGAGAAGAAGAAAGACAAUGCAGAAAGAGAGGAGCGUGCCAAGAAGUCCCUCAACAUCAACGAAUUCCUGAAGCCGGCUGAAGGCGAGAGGUAUAAUGGUGGUCGGGGCCGCGGCCGUGGCUUCAGGGGACGUGGCGAGCCCCGUGGCGGGUACAACGGCGGAGGCGGUGGCAGGCGACCAGCUGCUGCUCCGGCGAUCGAAGACCAGUCCCAGUUUCCGACGCUAGGUGGGAAGUGAAGGGGUCCGUGUCCCGUGCCCUGAUCCGACUAGCAGCGGCUCCUCCGUUCACUCCAGACUGUGUCCUUGUUGAGUUGUUGGUACUCAGUAGUGUGUUGUCGUUCCGCCCGUCUGUCUUUUUAUCUGUCGCCGUGUCUUCGCGCCGUCUGUGUAUCCCGUGUACACCGGAGGUGCACCCACCCACCUGUCGCCACCCGUGUCGUGUUCUAGCCGCAGUUCAUUCCGUUUAUUUCGAUAGGACAAUGCUAUGAGAUGUUUUCCUGGUGCACUUACUGCUGUCAUGUGUCUCCUGUGUGCUUGGUUCAGUGAUUUUGCUCAUCUGAGAAUCGAGUCAUCUUCUUUCUUA